AGACAGACAUGCGCAGUUGUGUCACACGACCACGCGCGAAUGAACACAUGCUCCACCUGCUGUUACCUGGGCAACAGCGUUAGACGACAUGUCUGAGGGAGAGAAAGCACGAACGGAAAACUCAAAAAAUAAGGACGAUGAAGAAAAUAUGCAGCUCAAUAAAAUGAAGAUACCAUUUCCUCAGUGGAAACUUCUAGACCACAACCAAAUUAAGAAGUUGCUUGAUCUACCUGUGGAAGAAGUGCAGUUACAGUUUAAGGGUAUACUCGAUUUGAAAAACCACCAGACGUGUAUGAAAGAUGCUGCUCUGUUAGAUUAUUUUGUCAAUGGAUUUUGGUGGGCCAAGGAGAUGAACUUCACCUAUCCACAAAUCUUAUUUAUCAUGGCACUUUUACAGCAGUUACUGGACAACAUAUCAAAUAAACAGACAUCAUUUGCUGAUAAUGUCAAGGUAUUUACUCAGACAAUGAAUGUCACCGGACACCAGUCAUCAUCAUCAGCAGCAGAGACUGAUGCCAGUGUUUUAUUUGAUGCUGUCCAGAUCAGAUCCAUCACAGAUUACUUCAGGACUAGUGUUUUCCAGCAUUACAGAUUAUAUGAAUCACUGUUUACUCACCGAAAACAGCAGCAACUCGUGAGCAUAGAGAAAUGCAUUGAAGUGGUCACUCCGGUUGAUUUUGUGCCGCCGCUGGAGGAGGGCAUGCCUGCUGAUCUCUACUUCCAAUACGUGGCUCCACCUCGCGUCCAAACGCCCGAGCAGGAAUCUCUCGAGCAGAAUGGAGACGAUCCUGGAAAAGCUGAGCUGGAAGAAAACGAUGAGGAUCAGACAGACUUUAAUAUAGGAGACGUACGAGAUGUGCUAGAGGAAAUUACACAAGAGAUGUUAGCACAACUACAGGCGGACUUCACAGAGAAGCUGCGAGCUCAUGAGGAGAUCUACACCUCGAGGUUAGAGCGACUUCAAGAAGUCCUGCUGAGAGGACCGGACAAUUUCCCACCAGUACCCACUCAUUCAGUCAGAGGAAAGGAAGUAAAUCCAGUACAAGAGCAUUGAAUCACACAGUCAAAACUUCCCCUAAGAUUUGAUUAAGGUCUAUAUCAAGGGAAAUAGCUCGAACAGUUUCUGCAACAAUGAUAAUAAACGAGUGUUAGGGCGACGCUCUCGAUUUAUUCAGCGAGAUAAAAUGAUGAAUACGAAAUGCAGGUUAGUCAUGGCAGUCAAGGAGAAAAGUGAAUGUGUAAUUAAGUUGUUUGUGAAAUGUUUUUGUGCACCGUUCCCACAAGUCAUACGCUGUUUAAACGCAGCCCAGCACUAUGGCAACACUGUGUAACUCAGACUAAAGAGCUGAGUUGCCAUAAAAAGUGAUGUAUUAUUAAAGCUGAAUAGUUACUUUUCCAGCGCAUUUGAGAAAGCCCACAUAAAACUAUAAAUACACCCUGCAAUAUAUACUAUAAAAGAG